CGGAUCACAAAUUUGUGACGUCACUUCCGAUACGCGGAUGUUGUUUUUUUUUCUCCUUUUGUAAGCUAAAGUAGUAUAUUUCCUUGCUCGUGUUUCACAGCUUUCCUAUUCUUUUGCUCUGACUUUGAUGGAAAAGAAGAGUGAAGUAUUCCCGCUACUGAAGAAUAACAGACCAAACAGUCAAUCAGCAGCAUCAUGUCUGCAGAACUGGACCUGUCCCCCCCAGAGGUCCCUGAGCCCACCUUUCCAGAGAGCCUACUGCGCUAUGGGCUGUUUCUGGGUGCAAUCUUCCAGCUCAUCUGCAUCCUGGCCGUCAUCUUCCCCACAUCCAAGGGACAUGAGCAGGAGGAGACUGAGUCCACUGAUGGCAAGGCCACUGAACAGAUGAAGAAACCUAAAGGACCAGGACCUCAGAUUCGACAGAAACCAAAGAAAGAGAGCAAAAAGAAGCGAUAGAUAGCUGUGUGUGUGGGUGUGCAUGUGUGUGUGUGUGUGUGUACAUGUGUGUUACCUGCUUGUGUGAAUGUGUGUGUGUAGUCAUCAGUGAGUCAAUAUUGGCAGUUACUAAUACAGUUAUCACUACAUGUAUAUGAAACACUAAUGUCAUAUUACAACAAUAAAACUAUGAUGUCCAUUUAAUUUGAGACACUUCAGAAUGACCUUGAACCGUGUGUCCUAUUCACAUUCAACACCGUAUUACAAAGAGCAAAUUGUCAUGGUGUUUGCUGAUUGUUUAUGCAGCUACACAUUUUAUUGGGUAUAUUUGUUUUGCAUUCAUUUUCUUUUAUAAUUGAAUAUCAUUGAUUGAGUUGUAUUUGGAUUACAACAGACAAAUAAAUACAUUGUGUAGUCAUUCA